CGCCGCCGCUCGCAACAUAAGCUUUUCUUGUGAUACACAAAAGAAUAAUGCUGCAAAAUGAGAUAUCGACGACGAGGAAAACGCCCGAUGAAGGAAGCGAUCCUUCAAGAUCGUGAGAUGAAGAGAGCCGAGCAGAAAACGGUAAAGAGCAAAUGGAUGGCGAACAAUUGAAAAGUAAGAGUAAUUGAAAGGACAAAGAAUACUGGAAAUAGAAUAUAUACAAGCGUAGCAUGAAAAAUUGAUCAGUGGCGUGCACGCCCAGUGUGCCAUGGUCACAGGCAAGUGAGUCAUAAAGCGACCUUUACACGUGCGAAGGUACAAUGUCAACAUCGGAGCCUUGGACAGAGCGUGUAGGAUCUUAGCCUAGAAUUCCGCAGCCAUUGAUCGACGUAGCUUCCACAGGCGGAUCGCGCGCGAUGAAUUUGUUCAGUCCGAAGAAGAAGAAACUCGACGAGAUCAGUCAGUCGAGGAAACUGAUCUAUGCCACUUGCAACGGAUGGACGAACUCGGUGGUGGAAUUGGCCAAGAGCGGAGUGGAUGUGAACGUCGAAAUCGAAAGUGGAAUAAGACCGCUGCACAUUGCCGCGGUAUCGGGCAAUAACGCGACGCUCAAGGCGUUGAUUCGAUGCGGAGCCGAGGUGAAUUGUCGGGAAAACAAUUACCUGUCGACCCCUCUGCACUUUGCCGCGGUAAAAGGGAACGUGGUGAGCGUGCAGGACCUCAUCAAAUUGAAUCGAGAGAUGGCCGACCGAGGCUGCAGCUUUGCCGGCGAGAUAUCGCUGUCGGACAGCAGAACCUAUUCGGCAAGUUACGAGGCUGUGAUUCUGACGCUGGCGAGGAAGGGAGCCGACUUGAACGCCAAAGACGCCCACGGAAAGACGCCGCUGCAUCUCGCCGUGCAUUAUCGUAGCGACGCGGUGAAAACGCUUCUGGGACUGGGCGCUGAGGUGGACGCACAGGACAACGCAGGACGUUUGCCUUGGCAUUACGCUCUAGACUAUAACAAUUGCGAGGGCCUGCGAUGGCUGCUGGCGUUCGGCGCAGACAUCAAUGACAUCAAUAUGUUUUGCCAAUUCGAACUCGACAAGAUCAAGUACAUUCUGACGCAUUACUCGGACGUAAAGUAUCUGCUGUUCGAGCAACUGACCAGGCUGCAAGCAGCCGGACUCUUCAUCUCGAGGGUUUACGCUGCGCACCUCUCUAGCACGGAGAUAUCGCAGAGUUACUACAACGAGUGCGUCGAAGAGGUGAGGAGAAUGGAGUUCUACGAGAUCGACGAUGGCGUGUCGUUGUUUGAUCUACUGCACAUGAGUCCCAGGCACAAAGUUGUCUACACGAAAGCUUCGGAUAAGACCAAGAGUAUGCUGAUCAAGUUCGAGACGGAGUUUCCCAAUUAUUAUGGCAUCAUUCGUGCGAGCUUCUUCGACGAGAAUAAGAGAAAGCCGUUGUUAGAUAAGGCUAAGUCAGCCUGGUAUCAUUUAACUAAUAUCAACUUGCCUGAUAUUUGCGUUGAGCAUAUAUUGAGCUAUUUGAAUAGUUGUUAUUUGAAAAUUAUGAUCGAGGCUGCGAAAAAUUGCGAAAUGACAAAUAACAACAUCAAUUCCAGAGUACGCGUUAAAAACGGACGGAAACUUCUUGGCCUCUGCAAGGAGUUGAAAAGGUGGACAGAAAUUAAUUCGCUUUUAAACGAGAAUAGUGACAUAAACCUCACAAAUCCAUUAGGUCGCUCAGCACUUCAUUACGCAUCGGAAAAAGGAUGUCUCGAUCUCAUUACAAAGCUAAUCGAGCUUGGUGCAGACAUUCACUGCCGCGAAAAUGAACGCGGAUACACUCCAUUGCAUUUUGCAAUAUUUAGUAGUAAAACACCUGUAAUCAAGCUUUUACUUGAGGCUGGAGCAGAUGUCAAUGCUGCAGCUAAUCACGGUGUUACACCGUUACAUUUAGCUGCUCGAUUAGGCCCUAUCAGUCUAGUAAAGUAUUUGAUAAAAGAAGGUGCAGACGUUAAUGCAAGAGAAAACGUUUUCGAUUUCACGCCAUUGCACAUCGCUACCUACAAUAACGGUGACGAAAUUUUAGAGGUACUGAUAAAAAAAGGCGAUAGCGAUGUCAAUUGCGCGGCUCACGAAGGACUAAGUCCAUUGCACAUAGCCUCGAUGUCAGGUGCAAUUAAAUGUGUAAGAAGACUUAUUGAAAAUGGUGCCAACGUUAAUUGCAAAAUGAAUAAUUCUCGAAUCACGCCAUUGCAUGUAGCUUCGAUGAAUGGAUUUUUCGGAAGUAUACCUGGCCUCACGGAAUUCUUUGAAAGUACGGACGACGAUGCCAAGCAUAUACUCGAAAAAAUUGUACCUUGGAAGCAUCUGGAAGACGAAGAUUACGAAUCUGUUGUGAAGGUAUUGAUAGAAAGCGAAGGUGAUUUACAGGCCAAAGAUAUUUCGGGUGCGACUCCACUCCACUUCGCAGCACGUCAUCAGAGCAAAGUGCUCAAAACACUACUGAAGUACGAUGCUGAUGUAAUUGCUCAAGACAAUAUCGGUCGAUUACCUUUUCACGAAGCAAUGGAACAUGGUGUUGGAUUAGAUUGGCUACUAAGAUAUGGUGCAGAUAUCAAUGAUAUAGGUGAAUCUUGCGCGGAUUGUAUGGAAGUUAUCAUGAAACGAUGUCGAUUUAAGUAUCAAUUACUCGAACAUUUUAUCAAACUGAUCGCCGCUGAAUUACCCAUUGCCGAUGUUUACAGACCUUACAUAGAGGAAAAUUACUACAAAAGCUUUUUAAACGAAUGUAUGAAAGAGGUAAAGAAGAUGAAAAGCCUUGAAAUUGAAGAUGGUUUGACAUUCUAUGAUCUGUUGCAUUCUGUUGUAAGCCCGCAAUCGAGUUAUGAACUACCUUAUAAUCUUGAGUUUAAAUUUCCGAAAUAUCAUGGGAUUCUGCGAGCGGGUUUUAUUGCACCACUUAAAAGAAGGCAGCUACUUGAUUCAGCUAGACUCGCUUGGUAUCACCUGACUAAUGUCAAUUUGCCUGCUAUCUGCGUGGACCUUAUGCUUGGUUUCUUGAAGACUUCCGAUUUGAAAAUUAUUGUCAGAGGAGCAAGAAGAAUUCGUUUCAAUCUGAACAAAAGUUUUCUCCAUCGUCUGCGAAAAUUGUACAAAAAGUCAGCGACAAAAAACGACGAAGAAUCAAUAACAGCCAUGACCGUGCUCAAUCAAGAUUUAAUACCCGACUUCCAUUCGGCUUCCUUAGAAUUGAAUCUCGCGAGGAAACUCAGUCCACACGUGUGCACCUUCACAUCGUUACAUUUGGCCGUGUUCACCGACGCUACGAUCGCCGACUUGAGAUGGUUGUUGAUCGAGGAAGACGUUAAUGCCGUGGCUUACAACGACAUGACUCCACUGCACAUGGCAUUGUGUUUGAAACUGAACCCUUUGGAAAUGGUCAGGUGUUUGAUAGAACAUGGUGCAGAUGUGAAUUGUCGGAUGAGGAGUUCUCAAUUCACGCCGCUGCUGAUUGCCGUCUACGUAGAUUGUCGCGACGCUUUAGAAGUGCUCAUCGCAAGUGGAGCUGAUGUAGAUGCAUCGAGUGACGAAGGCUUGACUCCGUUAAUUUUAGCUUCGGCACUGGGCAACCAAGACAUGGUGAAGAUUUUGAUUCAGUGCGGUGCUAAUGUUAAUUGCAAAUUGCAAAGCUCCCAACUGGCACCGUUGCAUCUGGCGUCGAUGAAAGUCGAUUGCGAGCUUCUAAACCAAAUUAUUCGUUCCGGUCGAGAAUUAUCGAGUGGCGAGGAUAUGAUUAUUAUGGAUAUGGAGAAAAGUCGCAUCGUCGAAGGAGGGCGCGAGCAAAUUGUUACUUGCCUUUUAGAUAAUGGAGCUGAUAUACACGCUAAAGAUGUGUCAGGUAAAACAGCACUUCAUUUCGCUGUUCAAUACGAAAAUUUCUGUGUUGAAACACUUUUGAAGUUUGGCGCUGACGUCAACGUUUGCGACAAUAAUGGCCGUUUGCCUUUGCAUUAUACAAUAGAUAAUCGACAAGCUUAUAAUUUAGAAUGUUUACUUAAGUACGGUGCUGAUAUUUACAAUAUAGAACAGGUCGAUCGAUUGGCUCUUCGUAAAACUAUCGAAGGCAAUAAUGGACCACCAAUGUUAUUAGUCUUUGAUGCGCAUAUCAACGCUGUCUAUGAGGCGUGUAGAAUCAGCACGGAACGAACUGCAAUUUUCCAAGAUUUACUGGAGCAACGUAUACUCGAGUAUUUGGUGAAAAUGGAAGCAGCUAAUUUACAUAUCAGCGAUAAUUCGAAAAAUUUAAUCGAUGAAUUUGGCUUUGAUCAUUUUUACGUUGAGUGUUUGAAAGAAAUUGACAAGAUGAAAAUAUUAAGAGAUAAAUGUAAUAUCUCACAUCCGAAAAUGGCAGAAGGUACCGUCGACACGGACAAUCGCAUAGACGGCAACCAAAGACUGGUUCAACUGUGUAAAAAGCCAUGGAUCCAAGAUGACGAAGAGUCAAUAAAAAUAAUUUCAGAAAUGGAGGAAUUGCUGGUGCAAGAAGACAUCGACGUGAACGUCGUUGAUAAAGAUGGGCAAUCGGCCCUUCAUUACGCAGCGCAAUCAGCUCGCAUCCACCUAAUUGACGAGCUGAUCCAUCUCGGCGCAGACGUUCACCGUAGAGAAAACAAACGUGGUUUCACAGCAUUGCACUUCGCAGUUCUCUCCGGCACCAUAAAAUCAGCCGUGGAGCUUCUUUUGGCAGCUGGAGCGGACGUCAACGCCGAAGCUGAUUUCACUGUCACUCCUUUGCACAUUGCAUCGUUUAUAGGCCCAAUGGACGUACUUACGUGUCUGCUCGAACGCGGGGCUGAUGUGAACCGGCGCGAAGCAAUUUUUAAAUUCACCCCGCUACUCAUUGCAACUUACCACGGCAGCAGUGAAAUUGUGGAUCUGCUGAUCAGCAAAGGCGGUGCUAAGGUCAAUGCUGCGACCGAUGAGAACUUGACUCCUCUGCACGUAGCAGCAAUGCUCGGCGAUGUGAAAAUCGUGAGAACAUUGAUCAAGUCAGGAGCGAAUGUAAACUGUAAACAUAAAAGUACUCAGUUAACGCCUUUGCAUUUGGCAUCGACGAGCGGCCAUAACGAAGCUGUCAACGACCUCAUAGAAAUCGGUCAAGCACUGACGAACGUCGGAAGCAGCGUAAUCACGGAAACGAUGACGUAUUGUUCGAUAUCGAUGGACGGUCGUCAGGCCGUCGUCGACGUACUGUUAAAAAAUGGCGCCGACUUGCAAGCUAGAGAUAAUUCCGGCAAGACAGCUUUGCACUUGGCGACUCGUCAUCGAAGCAACGUCAUUGAAAUUCUUUUGAAGGCCGGUGCUGACAUCGACGCAACGGAUAAGGACGAGCAUGUGCCGUUGCACGAAGCAAUAAAAAAUAAAAACGGCGAAGGUUUGGCUUUGCUACUUUCGUACGGGGCGGAUAUCAAUGAUGUAUUCGAGCAGUGCGAGCCUCGACUUGUUACGACUGCGCUUUACGAUUACGUACCGUUUCUGUUGCUCGAACAUUUCACCAAAAUGAUAGCUGCGAGAUUGCUGAUCGCCAAUGUUUUCAAGCGCUACAUCAGCCAAUACGGCUUGCAAGUUUAUUACGGCGAGUGCGUAAAAGAAGUGGAUAAGAUGAGGAAUUAUAAGCUUGGCAAUGAAAUUGUUCUUUACAAUUUGUUGCACAUGAAUCCAAUGCGUCGCUUGACUUUCAUUAAAAAUGUACCCGUUAAUCUUGAAUCUAAAUUUCCGAAGUACUGCGGUAUUAUUAGAGCUAGUUUUUUAGAAGCUAGUAGGAGGAAACCGUUAAUACAACCAUCAAUGGUGGCUUGGAAUCGAUUAACUGGAAUUACUUGGCCUGAAAAAUAUCUAGUAUAUUUGCUUGCUUUCCUUGAUAAUGGGUUACUGAAAAUGAUUAUUAAAGCUGCUGCCAUCAAACCUAUUGUCAAACAGGAAACACUACCAAAAUAGAAGAGUAUAAGUAAUCCAAUGAGUAUCAUAUUGGAUAUUUUUUCUACAUUGUAAGGCAAUUAAAAGCAAGUGUCUUGCAUCAUAAUUAUUUUAUAGAAGUUUCUUAAAAAAAAAGACUCGUUUUUUGAUAAUAAAAAUGUGAUGUUAACGAAUGACUUCGACCUCGACGAAGUUAAGAAAAACGAAUAAACUUUAUUGCAUCAAGCGACCGUGUAGGCCGAUCUUCUAAUGGAGGUACUACUAAUACUACUCCGAAGAGAUGUAAAAGUGAAUUGCUCCGACAAAAUUUUAAGGCCACUGACACUUGCAUGUAGUGAAAAAUUAAGAUUGAAUCAUUUCAGAUUUGAGAAACUGAAUUCAAAAUUAAAGUUUUGUGAACGUUCAAUUGUAAACCAAAAUCUUUUGGGUAUAUACGUUCCGAUUGCUUCAUUUACAAUUACCGGUUUUGACACCAUUAGUCAAAGCUAAUUUUCAUUACACGAACAAUUAGUUUACAAAAAUUAUUUUCUUUGAAUUACCUAAUUGUAAAUAGUA